GUGAUCGCGGAUCGGAGGCCUCAGUACCGCCCGAGCUAGCGACGCGUCGAGAUCUGAACACCCGAACCGUUACUACAAACUUACACUGCGCGAACCGUUACACUUUUGUGCUGGGAGCGAUCGAACACUAAUACACUUACCACGAAUUUCCCGCACAUCGAAGAGAUUUUCCUUCCCCCCAUUGAACUGUACCUGAAUAGUUGCGUUUUUGGAGUUUUGGAAAAGUGCACACAAAAAACUAAUUGGAAAUGCAGUACUCGAGCAGUUCGGAAAAUUACUCAUCCUCGUUGCGGGACAAGCCUUCGAAAUGGGGCAGGAACGACAAGAACUACGCCUAUAAGAAGUCAUCCUACCAAUACUCAAGUUCCGGCGACAACAGUGUUUCGUAUCAGGGCAAAUCCCCCGACCAGAACAUAGACCAGUUGGAUGCCCUGCUGGAGGAUCUGAAGCAGGAACGCCAGAUCACCAACAGGGAACGCGAUCUGCUGCCCAGCAAUGGAACUACUUAUAGAACACUGGAACGCACUGAUCCUUCGGGCACUGUAACGAGGACUACGCGAGUGGUCAAGACCAGCAAACACUCGGGCUCCGGUGGCCAACAGCCCUUCAUUGACGAUGUGGAGACCUUUAAUCCCACCGAUUAUAGCACCCUUCAGUCCACGGCCAAGUACUCCAGCUUGAAGAGGGACGAUUAUCAGACCAAGGAAAAGCCCUAUACUUUGGCCCACUCCCCCGGCGGAGGACACUACGAGAGCAAGACGAAGCUCUACGAGAGCAAUCGCACCAUUAACAACAACGUGGAGCUGCUGCCCGCGACGAGCAGCACCCAUCAGACGUUGACCAGCGGCACGACCAUCGACAAGGAGCUGCAGGACAUCGCUUUGAGCGAUGGCAUCCUGCCUGCUCCGGGCACCAAGGUGACCACCACGGUGCGGACCUACACCUACGAGAUUCCGGCCACGGGACCGGGAAGCAACACCAGCACCAUUAACCGCACUCACACGCUGAACAACUCGAACACGCUGAGCAGCAGCUACAAGCUCCACGAGAGCCACAACAACACCAGCCAGAACUUUACCCAGUUGUCGCCAUCGCACUCCCAUGCCCCACAGACGGUGGUCUACAACACGGAGAGCUACUCCACGCUGAACAGGCCGAACAAUGAUCGUCCGCUGGUCACCAACCAGUCCUACGAGAUUAGGGAGCACAAGGAGACCACCACGCGGGGAGUGAGCCCCCAGCCACGCCAGCUGCCACUGGGAUCGGGUCCCUCGGGAACUCCGCCCGGCAACCGUACCGUCAUCUACAAUAUCCACAAGACGGAUAACGUGAGCACAGUCAAUGAGCUGCCGCCCCAGCAGCGCUAUCCGCCGCACAGUCCGCCGGCUGCCCACAGUCCUAAUCCCAAUUACGGAGGACCCCACAGUCCACCACUGCAGCCGGGAGUGAAUCGCUAUUACUACAAGGAGACGGAGACCUCGAAUACAGUGAACAGCAUCCAUGGACCGCCAAAUGGGGGACCCUAUGAGCCGCAAUCCGCUCCCCUGAAGCAGCUGCCGCCCAACAACAACGCGUAUCCACCACAACAGCCACCGAAUGGCAAUGGUUAUCCACCCAAUUCAACCACUUACAGCUACAAAUACUCCUCGACCACCAACUCAAACAACCGACGUGGUCCGGACUACGGAUCCCCAUCCCCAUUCCCCGUCGAUGGAGUCGAGUAUCCAGUGAACAGCAAUCCUCCCCAGCGAGUGGACGAUCUGAUGCAGUCAUUCGGAACUACCACCGACCAUGUGGAUCGCGUGGACAUUGAGACGCCGGUGCGCAAGCGCGAAAUCGAAACGGCGGUGGCCUCGCCCAACCAGCAGCAUGUGCCAUCCGUAAACAAGGCGGGCAAGGAGGUGUACUAUCCACCUGGUCAUGAUACCAUUGUCAUGAAGCGCGAGGAGAUGCAUGCUGGAUCGGCUUCAGGAGGUCGCUGGGCCAAGGGAUCCGGAAUGUACGAGUACGAGUCCGGCUCCAAGUCAAAGACGAAAACCAAGUCCGGCGGCGCCGUGGUGCCCGUGUGCCUGCCCCUCUGCUGUGCCAUGCCCUGCUCCAUUAUGUAAACGAUGGACGCCGCCUGAAGAUCGUAUCUUGUACAUAGGUUUCUAAUAUUUGCCGUUAAUAGGUCUAACGCUAAAUCCUGCCCCCCGCGUCUUUAAUUGCUCUCUACUAGGUCGUCUAACUUUUAUCGGGUUUGCUUGCUCUAAUCGUUGUAGUCGUAAUUUGUUUGCCAAAUUUUCUAUGUCUAUUAUAUCUAUACGUUAUUAUCUAUGUAUAUAAUUUGUAAAGCGUCAACUACAGCGAUUGUUAUAGUUUUUGU